AUGACACAUUUUGCAAGAGAUGCUCUUGCUGCAUUUGUCACUUAUUCGACGACAACAAGGAUCCAAGUCUUUUGGCUGGAAUGCACAUGUGAAUCUGGUCAAGGGGACUCCUGUGGCUUAUCUUGCCACAUUGAGUGCGCCCUCCAACAUGGAAAAGUGGGCGUUGUUGAACUUGGGCAAUUGAUGCAUCUUGAUGGGAGUUAUUGUUGUGUGCUUGCUUGUGGUAAGGUGUCUAGUAUUAUUGGGUUCAAAGAACUGCAUGAAAUUGUUACAGAAGCUAAGGCUAAGUUAGAAACAGAGGUGGGUCCAGUUAAGUGUGUGUUUCAGCCAAGUUGGCACGUGGCAUUGUCGGCAGACUCUCUGUUGCAGGUGAUGUGCAGACACUCUGCUCUCGUGCGAUUGAGAAAGCAGACGAAUCUUUGGCUGCGGGUUAGUGUGAACCCAAAUAUCAGAGCUAUCGAGGGUUCACUUCCUGCAGCUUGCAGAUUCCUCUUUGAAGAGGUGACUUCUUCUUCGGUCGUAAUUUUAUUGAUCGAACUAUCUAUUGCGUCAUCCAACGAUAUUCAGGGCUACAAGCUCUGGUAUUGUAAGAAGAAGAAGAAAAAAAACACACAAAAGAGCCUGUGUGUGUUUUUUCCAAGAUCUCAGAGAAGAAUUUUGAUAACCAAUUUGCAGCCUUGCACGGAGUACUCCUUCCGGAUUGUAUCCUACACGGAUGCUGGUGACUUGGGACACUCUGAGGCUAAGUGUUUCACAAAGAGCGUGGAGAUAAUUCACAAGAAUCCCAACUCAAAUGCAUUGAACCAUAAGAAAGCAGAUUCACAAAUUGGAGGAAGUUCUGGUUCCAGGAUGAAGCAUAAGAACACAACCACCAUUGAAUCUGACUCUGGAUUCAAGGUCCGAGACCUCGGGAAAAUCCUGCGGCUGGCAUGGGCUCAAGAACAAGGCUGCUUUGAUGGGUUCUGCAGUGUAGAUAUAGAGAAAGGCUGUGGAGUUAACAAAGUGAAAAAGGAAACUCUGCAAGAAGUUAGGGUACCAUCUGUUUCACGUGAGCUUGACUUAAAUGUAGCUUCAGUGCCUGAUUUAAAUGAAGAGGUAAUACCUCAUAUAGAGUCCUCUAGGGAUGAAGAUAAUGGAUGCACAUUUGGUCAAACUGUUGAAGCAGAUGAUGCUAUUUUAAAUAAUAUUGAGAGAAAUGACGCAGCAAGGGUGCACGGGAGUGGUGACUCCCAAAACUGGAACCACGUUCUGAAUAAGGAAGUUCCUGCAGUUGACUCCCGGGCAGAAUCCUGCAGGAAAAGGGCAGCUAGCACAAAUGAAGAGACGUUUGAUUGUGAUAGCACUUUGAUAAAUGGAUCACCAUUUCGAAUCCACAAUGAGUCAGAGUGCUUGGAUGAGAACUUCGAGUACUGUGUGAAGAUUAUUCGUUGGCUGGAAUGUGAGGAUUACAUUAAAAAGGAAUUCAGAUUGAAAUUGCUGACGUGGUUUAGCUUGAGGUCAACGGAGCAGGAACGCAGGGUGGUCAACACUUUUAUUCAAACUCUAAUUGAUGAUCCUAGUAGCUUAGCAGGACAGUUGGUUGACUCCUUUUCAGAUAUCGUAUCCCUCAAGAGGCCACGGAAUGGUUUCUGUAGUAAGCUGUGGCAUUAG